CACAAGUAUUAACCCCUAAAAAUCCAAAAGCGCCUUUUCUACUUUGAGAUAUUUUCGUAACUAUAAAAUUCUGCAGUUAAUUUUGCAGCGCCUCCAUCUUCGCCUUUUCAAAGGAUCCCUUCCCUUCCAUGAUGCACGGGCAGAAGCAACCCUUCCAGUUCCGCCGCGGGGACGGCGGCCGCCAGGCAGCGCAAUCGCCGCCGAAAGAGCAGUUUCAGCUAAAUCCCCCCUACCUUGCUAACUCCAACCCGUACCUCUUCCACCAGAACCCUUAUUUUUUCCCUCUGCCUCAGCCUCAGCAUAAUCCUUUUCCCCCAAACUAUGUUGGCUUCCACCAAAUAACGCAGCAGUUUCUUCCUAGUAGUUUUCCGGUUGAAGCGACGCACUCUAGAGGAAGUUCUUACAAUGAGCGUCCGCAGCAGCAAGGUGAGUCGCAAACGGAUAUGGUCGAGAAACUCGACGAGGCGGCGAAGAGGGCUUGGAGCGUCUUAGUACCGUCAGGCGAUAAUGUUUCAGCGUGGAAAGUUUCGCAGGAGGUUCUGCGUAUUGUGAAAGCAGAGUCGUGGGAGAGUUUGGGGUUUCAAAUGCAGCAAGUGCCUUCUUUGAAGCGGCUGCUGGCUACAGAAGCGAAGAUCAACGCAUUCAUCCACUGCUAUGUUGGGGCUAGAAAUAUUACUUCAUUACAUGAUUUGGAAAUGGCAAUCUGUGAACGUGAAGGAAUUGAAAUGUUUGAAGAACUGCAGUUGGGUCCCUUGGUACGACACCCUCUUGCUAAUCAUUAUUUCUCUGUCUCUUCUGAUGCUGCCAAAGUCUACAGAAUUAGAACUGAAGAGAUCAUCACCUACCUCUAUGAGUUCAUUGAUCUUCACAAGAAGAAAGAACUUGAAGUUGAUUUCUUUUUGGAUUUUAUGUUAAAGAAGAAAUCUGUCAGUUGCAAGGAAGAGCUUGGCAUUCGUAUUCAGAACCUUGGGCUAUAUAUUAAUCAUAUAGAAAAGGCAAGGAAAUCAGAAGGCAUAGAGCUAGAAAAAUGCACUAAGAAACUGAGAACAAAAUCUGUAAAAUGCAGCACAAAACCUCUUAUCCAUGUACAGAAAAAAGAAAUGGACGAAAAUUUUGCUAAAAUAUCAGAGCGAGUAAAAUCUUUCACCUCUCCUCAGUUUUGUGGUAAACAUAUAAGAUUUGCUUCAAGUUCAGAUGAUGAUCCCUCCGAAGAAGAUGAUACCUCUGAAGAUGCUGAAUAUGACAAUACUCAAGUUGGGAACAAUACUGACAUCGGCCGUGUUCCCCUGUCAAAUGGAUUAGAUCGUGCAAGUAAUUGCCCCUAUCCAUCCGCAAAUGAAGAAAAGAAAAGGCUGGGGUUGAUAAAUGACAGUGACUCAAGGCUUCGUAGGCAUAGUGGUGCUGUAAGUCGCACUUCAGGUCAUGUGCCUCGGAAAAAGAGGAAAUAUGAGCAUAUCAGAUCAAGCAGAUCUCCGGUGAAGGAGUCUAAACGGGAUAACUCUAAUGCAAGUACCACGCAUAAGAGCCCCAACAAUGAAGUUUUAGGUGGUCUUAUUUCCACAGAGUCAUUAAGAAUGUUUGUUACAACUUGGAAAGAGGUCUGUCAAGUGAACAGUCCUGAUGAGGUACUUGAAAAGAUGCUUCAGUUUUAUGAAGCAAGGAAAAAGAGAAAAGUGAAAGAAAUGUUCACAACAUAUCCGUUUGUGGGAUUGCUCUAUGCUGCUCUUAUGUUUAUAAAGCUUGAAAUGCCGGAUAAUAUAUACAACACUUUUCACCAAACUUCUAGGGAGCACGGAAUGGAUGACACCCCAUGUGACAGUUCAGCUGCUUAUACGAGCAUUGAUGUUAAACGUACUGAGAAGGAUCUUCCUGGAUCAACAUCAAAAGUUUGUGGCCGUGAUUAUGUUGCAGUCGAAGGUAUUAUGAAGAAAAUUUCUGAAUAUUUUGCGAAUGACAUCCCAAGCUACGAAGAUCUCUCUCUUGAACAUAGGUUCUGUUUCUUGAGGAAGCUUUGCAAAUGUGAGUAUUGGUUAAUGGAACAAUAUUCUGUUAACAAGUUUGACUCUCUUGGCUUUGGAGAAUAUUUUAUAUUUCUAGAGAAAUAUUUGCAUCUCUUGCCUCAGUCAUUACUGAAAUGCAUUAUAGGAGGCAUACCUGAGAGUGUUCAUUUGGAGGCACACUUGCUUCCAGUGCAAUUGGAUGUGUUUUUGUCGCAAGCUUUUGAUAGCUUGUGCAGAAAUGAAGUAAACGAGAGGAAUAUUCCUGAGUUGUUGGCAAGGCAAUUUCCAUUGGUAUCCUUCAAAUUAGUGAACUGUGACCUCAUUCCAACUUUACCAGAUAUUAUUCGAGAAAAAAGGGAUAUUUUAACUUCAAACUCUGUAUUGUUUUCUACACCUUUAUUAAUAUCUCCAGCUCAAAAUGAGAAAACAUUAGACAAACAGCCUUUGUUUGGUAAUGAUACACUAACUGGAGAAGGAAACAGUACUGCAGUUGUGACCAAAGAUGCUAUUGGGCUCCUACUUAAGGCGCCUAUGUUGAUUGAUUUGAACUUGUGGUUGCAUUGGGAUAUUUUGUUUGCUCCUCAUCUUGGUUCAAUUGUGCAGUGGUUGUUGCAGGAGGUCAACAACAAAGAGUUGUUGUGUUUGGUAACAAAAGAUGGCAAAGUACUCCGUGUAGAUCCUUCAGCCACUUUGGAUUCAUUCCUAAAAGUGUUAAUACAAGGUUCUUCUUUUGAAACAUCAGUGGUGUUGUUGUCGUUGUGUGCAUUAUAUGGUGGUGUACAAAAUGUUCCUCAAUCACUUCUUAAGUGUCAUGCUCGGCAAGGCUUCAAAGUAAUUAUUAAUAAUUAUAUGGAGGCUGAACUGCACAAGGAUAUAUUUCCAGGGAAGCCAUCAUGGGGCUGUAUAGAUGGGAAUAACAAAGCAACUGUUUUGGAUAAUCUACCUGGUAACAGGGGUAUAGUUGAAAAAGUUGCUGCAACUAUGUCAAGAUUCAUACUCGAGUGUUUGAGUUAUCUGCCCAUUGAAUUUUGCAGUUUUGCAGCAGAUAUUUUAAUCUCUGGGUUGCAGUCUUACGUGAAGAAUGUUCCUUCUGCCAUCUUGAAUGAAUGCAAGCAAGUAGAACAGUUUCUCCUUCUUCAUGAAGUGGGGAUGUCUCUUGGAUUGGUGGAAUUGGCUAAUGACUACCAUUCCUUUUGUUCCUCUGCAAUGGCUAGACGUUCCCCUAGGUCAUCAUGCAUAGAUGUGACUGACCUCAGAACUAGAUCAAUGGUUUUCCAAGAACAGGCCAACUGUGAAGAGAUGCUGGUCCCAGGUGAGAUGGAUUGUUGUGAUAGCAAAUGUAAACAAGUCAGCGGUCAGGCUGAUUAUGCGGAUAUUCCAGUUGAUACCCAUACCUCAGAUGCAGGCCGAUUAUCAAUGGCUGUUGAUUUCGAUAAUGAUCCAGUUGGAGUUAUUGAAUCUAUUAGGCGCUAUGAGUUUGGUCUAGAUCAAUGCUCUUCUGAUGCUGAAACUAAAUUGUUGAAGAGGCAGCAUGCUCGAUUGGGCAGAGCGCUCCAAUGUCUGUCACAAGAGCUGUAUUCUCAGGAUUCACAUUUUCUUCUAGAACUGGUUCAGAAUGCUGAUGACAAUACUUACCCAGACAACGUGGAACCUACUCUGACAUUCAUUCUUCAUGAAAAAGGAAUAAUUGUGCUAAACAAUGAGCAUGGUUUCUCAUCAAAGGAUAUACGAGCACUUUGUGAUGUUGGGAAUUCAACAAAAAAGGAUCAUAAUGCUGGAUACAUUGGGAAGAAAGGCAUUGGCUUCAAAUCAGUAUUUCGGGUUACUGAUGCUCCAGAAAUACAUUCUAAUGGUUAUCAUAUCAAAUUUGACAUAACCAAUGGCCAGAUCGGAUUUGUCCUACCAACAGUUGUCCCUCCCUGUGAGAUUGACUUAUAUAUCAGGUGGGCGUCUGCAGAUGCUGAUCACAUUGAUACGGACACUGGGAACACGUGCAUUAUUCUCCCUUUCAGAUCAAACUACCUGGAAGGUGUUUCCGUUGGCAACAUUUUAUCCAUGUUCUCAGAUCUGCAUCCAUCUUUGCUACUGUUUCUUCAUCGUCUUCAAUGCAUUAAGUUUAGAAAUUUGCUUGAUAAUUCACUUGUUGUUAUGAGGAAGAAAGUUAUAGGUGAUGGGAUAGUCGAGGUUGCCCUUGGAAAGGAGAAAAUGACUUGGUUUGUAGUAUCUCGAAAACUGAAGGCUGAUGCCAUUAGUUCUGACGUGAAGACAUCAGAGAUUUCUGUCGCAUUUACUUUGCAGGAGGAAGGUGAAGGGUAUUAUGUCCCAAUUCUGAAACAACAACCUGUCUUUUCGUUUCUUCCUCUAAGGACAUAUGGCCUUAAGUUUAUUCUGCAAAGUGAUUUUUUUUUGACAUCUUCUAGGGAAGAGGUUGAUGGAAGUAGUCCUUGGAAUCAGUGGUUAUUGUCUGAGUUCCCAGAUUUGUUUGUUGAGACAGAAAUUUCAUUUUGUCAUCUUCCUUGUUACAGGGAAAGUCCAGGAAAAGCUAUUACUAUAUUUAUGAGUUUUGUUCCUCUGCUGGGUGAAGUGCAUGGGUUUUUCUCUUCUCUACCUCGGAUGAUAAUAUCUAAGUUGCGCAUGUCAAACUGCUUGAUUCUAGAAGGUGAUGAAAAAGAAUGGGUUCCUCCCUGCAAGGUACUUAGAAAUUGGAAUCAGAAAGCUCGUGCCCUGUUACCUGAUGGUUUACUAGAACAGCACCUUGGCCUUGGAUUCUUGAACAAAGAUGUUACUCUGUCAGAUUCCUUAGCGAAGGCAUUAGGUGUAGAGGAUUAUGGACCAAAAAUUUUGUUAAGGCUGAUGUCUUCGUUGUGCCAAUCUGAUAGUGGAUUAAAUUCAAUGGGAAUUAGUUGGUUAUCUGCUUGGCUCAGUGCCAUGCAUGUGUUCUUAUCUCAAUCUUUUAUGCACAAUUCCCAAGGCUUGGGGACUGAAUCGAAUAUGAUACUUGACCUUCAGAAAAUUCCAUUUAUCCCCCUUUCAGAUGGUACAUAUAGCUCACUAGCUGAGGGCACGAUAUGGCUGCAUUCUGAGGCAGUAGAGCAAUGCAUUACUGAUGAAGCUCUUUUCAAAGUUUUCCCAAAACUGUAUGCUAAACUGCGGAUUGUGAGUCCAAACCUUUUGUCUGGUGCUGCUUCCGUUGAGAGCUUAUGCCAUGAUGGAUCUAUCAGGGAAAAUGUUACAAACAUGCUUUACAAACUUGGUGUCCAGCGGUUGUCCUUUCAUGACAUUGUGAAGGUACAUAUCUUACCAGCUGUAUCUGAUGAUAAAGGUGCAGUGGGACAUCAUGAAUUAAUGAUAGAGUACCUGGCUUUUGCUAUGUUUCACAUGCAAUCAAGUUGUUCUACUUGUGCCUCAGAUGGGAGUCUAAUUGUUAAUAAGUUGCGUGAGACAGCUCUGAUUUUUACAAAUUAUGGCUACAAACGAUCAAGUGAGGUACCUAUCCAUUUUAGUCUGGAGUAUGGAAGUUCUGUCGAUGUAAAUAAACUUAUUCAUGGUUUGGGUAUAAAUUGGCAUGAAAUUGACUCUGCCUAUUUGAAACAUCCAAUCACCAAUUCUCUUUCUGAUGGAAUGAUCAAGUGGAGGAAUUUUUUCCAUGAAAUGGGGGUAACUGAUUUUGUUCAAGUCAUCCAAGUUGAGAAAAGUGUUCCUCGUGUGUUUCUUGUUAAUAGUAAUGAUCUGAUACAUGCCAAGUCCACUACUGAUUUAGUUUUUAAAAAUUGGGUAUCUGAAGAGUUAUUUAAUUUACUGUCUGCAUUAUGUGCAAGAAAUGAUGGAUCUAAGUCCAAAAACCUGUUGGAAAUACUUGAUAGAUUGUGGGAUGACUGCUACAGCAAUAAGGUUACCGGUUAUUGCAUUGAUUCAAAUGGUGAAUCCAAGCCAUGCAGAUCAUCAUUUGUUACCAUCCUCCAAGAUUUACCAUGGCUAGCAUCAAAUCUGGAUGACAAACUUCAUCACCCCAAGGAUUUGUUCCAUGAUUGCAUGGAAGUACGCUCAGUUCUUGGUGCCGGUGCUCCUUACUCCAUUCCAAAGGUUAAAAGUGAAAGAUUGCUGGCUGAUAUUGGUUUAAAAACACAAGUCACUCUUGAAGAUGCUCUUGAUGUUCUUCGACUUUGGAGAAAUAAAUCUUUUUUCAAGGCUAGUAUAUCACAAAUGUCCAACUUCUAUGCAUUUCUCUGGAAGGGAAUGUCCCACUCGAAGCAGAAAGUUGUAGAGGAGUUACAGUCGGGGCCUUCUAUAUUUGUUCCCAAUACUGUUCACAGUUUCAAUGAAGAUUCUAUCACUGGUGUGCUUUUGUCACCUCAUGAAGUGUAUUGGCAUGACCCUAUAGAUUCAGUGGACCUAUUAAGGAUAACGCAGCCUGAGUGCACGCCAAGUGUAACAUGUAAUCCCUACAGUAAGAUGCUGUACAAACUCUAUCCAAACCUUCACGAAUUUUUUGUGACAGAGUGUAGAGUGGAUGAAAGUCCUCCUUUCAACAGCUACUUCAAGAUUUUGCUUCAGUUGUCUGGUAUGGCUUUACCUCAUCAGGCAGCAAAGAAGGUUUUUGAGGUGUUCUCGUUGUUGAAUGAUGGACUGAAAUCUGGAUCUCUGAAUUUUGAAGAUCUUCAGCAUCUGAAAGAAAGUUUACUAAGCAAGGAAUACACCGUUCUUCCCACUAAACAAGAUAGAUGGGUUUCUCUACAUGAAUCAUUUGGUUUGAUCUGUUGGUGUGAUGAUGAGAACUUGGGAAAGGAAUUCCGUCACCUUGGUGGCAUUGACUUUUUGUACUUUGGGGAAUCCACUGAUGGACAAACCCAGAUGCUUCGAACAAAGGUUUCAACCUUCCUGCAAAGACUAGGAAUUCCUGCUCUGUCUGAGAUUGUUACUCGUGAGGCAAUACAUUAUGGCCCGGCGGACUGUAGUUUCAUUUCAGCACUGCUGAAUUGGUCUCUUGCAUAUGCCCAGCGGUACUUCUAUAAUACACAGCCUGGUAAAUAUAUUCAACUGAAGCAUUCUGGUUUUCAAAUUAUUAGAAAUCUGAAGCUUGUUGUAGUCGAAAAUUUAUUCUAUCGGAACAUUAUAAAGAAAUAUGCAAUCAAGUCAAAGAAAAGACACGAGUGCAGUUGCCUUUUGCAGGACAAUAUCCUAUACUGCAGUCGAGAAUCAGAUACACAUUCGAUAUUCUUAGAGCUCUCCUGCUUACUAUCCGAUGGGAAGUCUGAUUUGCAGUUUGCAAACUUUCUCCACAUGAUCACAACCAUGGCUGAGUCAGGUGCAACUGAGGAGCAAACUGAGUUUUUCAUUCUGAACAGCCAAAAGGUUCCGAGACUUCCUGCGGGGGAAUCCUGUUGGUCGCUUCAGAGUGUUUCGGAAAAUAGUGUCCAUGCUGGAGUGGAGGAACAAGAUUCUGCAUUCAAGAGGAAAUCAAGCAAAAGGUCAACCUGGCCACCUGCUGGUUGGAGAACUGCACCUGGUUUCGAAUCAGUCACAAAAAAACCAAGAUCCAGCACGGGCCUGCAAAUUAAAGUCGAAAGUUCUCCAGAGCCGAAUCUGGAACGUCCCCAGUCACCCUCAACCUGCCUCAACACUGAUGAUGGUACUGUAGAGGUUUAUCCAACAGCGCUCAGUCCUGAAGUGGCCAUGCUUGAUCAGGAAACAAUCGAACCACAGCCAAAUAUCCCACCCGAAAUUUUCAAUUCUGGCUCAAGCUCAGUACCUACUGAUCCUGUUGGAUCCGACAGCAAGACUCCCAGCCCAUCACGUGGCAGCGAGAAAGAUCAACGAUUAGCACAACAGGCCCAGGUAACUGGGAGAGUGGGGGAGCUCGUUGCCUACGAAUAUUUCUUGGGGAACGAGGAGCAGAGAUCCGUGAAAUGGGUCAACGAAACGUCAGAAACUGGACUGCCCUACGACAUCAUCUUGGGAGAGGACGAAGAAACCCAGGAAUACAUUGAAGUUAAAUCAACCAUAUCUGCAAGAAAAAAUUGGUUUCUGAUAUCACUGAGGGAAUGGCAAUUUGCAGUGGAAAAGGGUGAGUCGUUCAGCGUCGCGCAUGUCGUCUUGUCGGACAACAACAUGGCGAAGGUAACCAUAUACAAGAAUCUGGCACGGCUGUGCCAGCUCGGAAAUCUGCGGCUAGCAGUGGUGGUGCCGAAACAGCAGGAGAGUUGCCCGAUACGAUAUUGAGCUUGUCUUUCUUUCUCUGUUUUGGACAUUCAUUUAUGGCGCUGCAUUAGACACUGGCAGUUUCUUGCAUUCUUGUCUUUCUUUUUGCGAUGCGAAGUUUAAUUGUUGUAUUUGUCUGUAACAACUGUUGUCUAGAGAAAGAAGUGAUAGGUUUCGAUAGAUUAUAGCUGGAAUGUCUUUGUUUUGAUUUUGUUCUGAAUCAUUAAUAGAGUGGGGUUAUGAAUAUACAGAAUUAA